CAUAUUUUCAUGGCAGUGGCACGCAUUUGGGACUUGGACUUUUCGUGACAGCAUGUCAUUUUCGACAUUUGAUUGAUAAUUUUCCAAAGAUCCAUCAAAUUAGUUUGUUUGAAAGUUACUUUAGGCGCUAAGUGUGUAUAUUUUUAAGUUUCUACGUUAAAAUAAGAAUGUGAGUGAACAGGACCCGUGUUUGGUUAGCGCGGUUCAAGGUACCCAAGAUGAGUGCCCAGAAAUGCGUUGUUGAGGGCUGCAACUUGGAAUAUGAUGUAGUGUGCAGUUUCUCCUUCUACAAUGUUAAUACCUCGUCAGAAGUGGAUGAGAAGAGACAGGAUUGGAUUGAGGGGGCGAUGCAAGAGGAGAGUGAGUGUCUCUGGCGACAUGUUAACUUACAGUUGUGUGGGUAUCACUUUGAGUUGGACUCUCAGGGACUUUGGAUAGACUCACCAAUGCUACCUGAGCUCCUGUCGCCUCAUGAACAAGCUGCAUUGAGACAAACCCCCGAAGAGAAAAAAGCCGCGGAAAUAAUUCGCGUGGAACACAACUAUAGUAUGGAGGCAUGCAAGCAGGAGCCGGAAUCUAUUUCUCGUCUGAAUGUCAGGCAAUUGGUUGAUACACUCGGUUAUCUAUCCCUCAAGAACCUUCAGAAGAAGCAAUUAUGGGUGGUGAAAGUGGAAAGUGAUAAAGCUGAAGCCUCCAUCACUCAGUCGGAGCAGGUCAUCACUAAGAUGCAGGAUCCUAAACAGAUUAUAGAGAUAAUCCCACAAACAUCUCAAUCAGUAGACAAUAGUCUUCAAAACCAGACUGAAGUGCUUCAAAUGAUAGAUGAUGGCACAAUUGGAGAUAACUUCAUAUACGAGAUCGCUGAAGAACAAGAGAUAACCAUGGAUGAAGUGAAGGAAAUACCCGCUGCUGAAAAUCAGGAGUGGACAGUUAACAUAAUACCGGACGACUCUAAACCCAAAUAUGCGUACAUCAAACAUUGCAACUCGGGCAAGAAGAAGCGACACUUCACAUCAGAAAUGAAUACCAUCUCUUUACAAGGUGACUUCGAAAACUACUACAUCCUCCCCGAUGUAGACCCUUCAGUCGGUGUUGAAAUCACCACCAGCUACGACCAGGAGAACUACAUAGUCGAAGAGUAUCCCCACUUGGUCUUAGAGGAGCGACCGCGAAAGCGUGAUCCCGAAAGAAAGAGGAAAAAAAAAACUCCUCCUACCGUCAGACAGCAAGUAAAGCAGAUAAAAACCGAAAUUGGUGAAGACUGGGUGAUCGACAGUAAUAUAUAUGAAGAGCAAGAUGAAGAAUAUGAUGAGAAGAAAGCUGCCAGGGUGUAUUUAACUGAUUUUUCAACGAAUGUCUAAUACAGAAAAGCCUAAAGGGAAACUAUAUAUAAAGAAGGUCAGUUCUCACUCUCUUAAAACAGGGUCAGUAGUUAUUGUAAAGAGGUCCUUUCGAUUGAUAUUAGUGUGAAAAGAUACAUGGCAAAUACUAAAUGGAGAAUAAUUCCUGUGUAAAAUCAACUCAAAUAAGGAGCCGACUAAAAAUCUUCAAUUUCUACUCCUUAAUUACAUAACUGGAAAUAAAACGUGUAGUAUAGAUAUUAAUAUAUUAUAAAUGUAUUUUUUUGCUUCCUUAAUAAUCAUUAUUAGUGUAAUUCACGUUAUUAAUAUUAAGAAAAUUUUCAUCUACCCUCACAGUUAAGUUUAAUUCCUAACAGAGAUAAUUUGGAGGGUAGAUGAAUAUUUGAUUGUUUGUCAAUAGUAUAGUUUUCUUUUAAAAUAACUGCUUCAAUCUUAGGUGAUUUAUUAAUGUUGUUGGGGUAGUAUUUAAUUCAAAAUGCUAAUUGUGUUACUCCAUGUUAUUAAUGUGGGGUGAUUCACGUUUAUAAAAUGCACUAUCCAUUAAGUUAAAUAAAAUAUAAAAAAAUAGAGCACUAUAUUAAGAAUGUGUAAAGCCAAUUUUUAUUAAUUCAAUUUAAAUAAAUCAAAACCAGCUAAGUAAUUUAGAUGUUCAGUCUUAAAAAAUCAAGGGCUAUAUUUGUUUACUGACCACAGUUAAAAUAACCCCUAACUCAAGGUAAGAUCCAGAGUGGAGACUGAGAUUUAAGUAUGUCAAACCCAAUAUGUUUUUGACACACAGAAGUCCUACUUAGCGCUAAGUCUACUCUGAAUCUUAUCCCUAGCAUUAAUAGCAGGGUAAGGAUAGCGCAAUAUCUGAUGUACAAUUCUCGUGUAAAAAUCUCCAUUUCUGCUGUAUAAUUUAAUAUGUCUAAAACUAUUCAUGUUAAAUCAAUGUUUACUUUGUACAUCAGAAGAAACACUUAACAUUAAAAUAAAUUUGUGAAAAUUCAAGUAUUUUGUGUAAAAAAUUAGAAAUCUUAAAUAUAAAUAAAUUAUGUACAGAUAAUGGCUUUUCACCUAGUAUAAAUUAGCCAUUCUUCCACAAAAAUUAUGUUUUUGAGUUUCGUUACGUACUGAAUAUAAGAACAUUUUAAA